CCCUGCCCCGGGCCCGGGAAAGCUGCCGCCAGCCCCCGGUGUGUGCUGGGGGGGAGCCCUGGCACAGGCCCUGGCAGGCAGGGCGGAGGGGGAAACCCAGGAAUGAGGUGAGCAGAGGGAAUAAAAAUUCCCCCCAGAUAGAUUGAGCCAGCUGCAGUGGUUGCAAAAAUGGGGGUGGGGAUGGGGCUUUUCCUUCCCCCUUUCCUAGGAUUUUAGCUCCCAUUUCCCAGUUCAUCGCAGUGCCCGGACAGGGCCCCUCUCCCCUCCUGUAUAAGAUGUUACUGAGGUGCUAGAGGGGACUUGAUCCAGUGAACUAUUGACAGACACCCCCCUCCCCUCCCCCAGAUCUCACUGUCACACCUGCUUUGAGCCUUUAAAAGAAGCCGGGUCUCAGUUCCUGUGUCUGUGUAAAGCCGCCCACCGCUUCAUCCGUGUGUCCUAGCCCCUGUCCCUGUCCCCCUGAGUUUCACUCCCCUUGGAAUCCAGUCUGGGCAGUUUCACUCCUUUACAUUCGUUCUUUAAAAAAAUAUUCUUCUUACUCUGAGCGCUUCAUCCUAAACUUCAUUAGCGUUGUGCGGAGGGACGUCACGGUGCCCUGGUAUUCCUAUUUUUAAUGGCAAAUCAUCACAGGAAAUAUUAAUAGUUUCUCCUUGGCAUUGGUCAGGCUGGGGAACACCAUGGUGACCUCACCUUGUUUACCUUUUGGUGAGUGGUGAGAUUAAGGUACUUUGCCUCUGCUCUGUUUUUGCGGCGGGCUAGCUAAUGCAGGUGAGUUACCCCAUGGGAAAAACACCCACUUUCUUAUAGACACAGACUAAGCUGCUGACUCCGAUGUUAAAUGACCCGUUAUUGUUCAUGGGCUGAAAACUCUGAUACUGAGUGUGUGUCUCCUGCUUCUGCUCCUGUGCCAGGCGCUGCCUCUGAAUGUCUGCACCCAGUUAUGCGGGCGUCAUGGAACAGAAAUCAAAACAUUUAAAACUAAAGGAAUUAGAAGAGACCCCCCUCCACACACAGCCCCUCUCACCUAUUUCUCUCUUUCCCUUCCCUUUACUUCUUCAGGGCUUGUCCGGUGAUCUGAUGUUAAAGGUGUGAAGUUAAUCCACAUGAAUUCCAGAGCUUUAAACCCCUGUGUGGACGCUCUCGUUCAGAAGUCAGGUGGCCUUAAUUUAGACAGUGGCAGUCAGGACAGGAGACCUUCCCCCAAACACUAUAAAUCUUCAGGUCUUUGAUCACUUCUUGAACAUUUUUAAGUUUUGGAUAGUCCAGGUGUAACCCACAUGCGAUGUUUCAAGCCUAAAGAGAAGGAGCGAAACAGUGGGGCGCUCAUCUCAUCUUCCCUGACUGUUGCCUUGAGUAGAAACGCCAUUAGGAUAUUUCACAGCUUUGGUCCGACAGAAUGUCAGUAGCUGGGUUGAGGUGGAAAUGUGUAAGGUGAUCUCGCUCCUCUGCUGCCUCCUGCAAAGGACAGGACAUGCUUCGUGAGCAGGAGGGCGAAGGCAGGAUAGUGUCAUGGCAGAUCCUGCUGUGAGCAUGGAGACUGUUGGCCUGGCUGCUCGGUGAUCCCCUUUGUAAGGAACAUAGCCCAAAUGGCGGCACUCUUGUCCCAUGGGAGAGAACUAUAAAGACUCCUUUGGUCUCUUGUCCUGGUGAGAGUGUGCCCUGAGGGGUAGACACUGCACCAGAGUCCUGCCUGGCUUCAUUCAGAGCCGUUCCAGAGCAUGGAGAUGGUGACUGUCCUAAACACCUGUCUCCUGUCCAUGCUCUGAUGGCCUCAGCUCUCAGGUGAAUAAAGAGGGAGCGGCCGGGCCAGGUGGCAUGUACCUGGUGAAAACAUCCGAUGCAGCUUUGGAAACAAAUACAGAGCAUGUCUGGUAACCGCCCCUCCCUACUUCUGGAUGCUUUGGAGCAAGAUCAGCCCUGUGCUGAGACACAGCAUGACAAUGUGUGAAGUGAGCUUAGUAUAUUUUUGUUACACCUGCCAGACUCUGCCUCACACCUUUGUGAGCAUCACACUCACAGACACCGACAUGACCAUCCCCAUGUACGACAGGGGUAACAGACAAUGCUUUCUCUCCAAGUGACAUUUCCCUGGCAGAGCCUAGUUACAAGGCAAAUAUCCACAGGCAACCCCCUCCCUUCCCGCACACACACUGCUCCCAGUUUACAUUGGAUUUUUUUUUAAAAGAGACAAACUCAUGAUCUUUGGGGCUCUGAUUCUUGAGUGUUCAGGGCUCCCCUAGGUCUUGGUCUGAUUUCCAGACAGGUUUUAGAUUUCACCCACACCGGAGUCAGACCGGAGUCACUGCUCGCUCUGGCAGGGGGGAGUGCGGGCCAAUGGGAUCAGCCUCCGCCUGCCUGUCCCUGGGGGCUGCUGGGGGAGUCGAGGGCAGCUCAUUCUUCAGGUGUUGCCACCAGAGGGCUCCGGCUAUGGCUAAGGGGGAGAGGGGUUUACACUGCAAUGGGGGGAAAUCUGCCAAAGUGGCCCCUUUGAUUCUGCUCUUUUUCUAGCAGUUGGCUCAGGGAUGCUGUUACUGGGAGGGUCUAAAGAGCCUGGGGGAAAUCAGGGGGUGACAUGGACUCCAGCCCCUUCUGUAAGCUCCCGCAUCACCCCGACAGGCUGAGGAAUCACGUCCACAUAGCCAGCUCAGGUAGGGGAUUUCAGGGAGUUGUUGGGUGGGGGGAGGGAGAGGCAGGGAGGAGACAGGGUGUGAUAAACCUGCUGAUUUUCUGAGUAGGCCCAUUGGUGGCAAGGGAGGGGAGAGGGGACAUUCCCCCAUUUCUCAAACAGGAUAUAACCCCCUGGGCAGGGCUGGGAACAUUUUCCAGACUCCCAGUGUUGGAGCCUGAACCCACUGGCCAGAGCCUGCUGUGAAAUACGAAGGGAAGCUGUCGGGAUUCCUGUCCCUGCCUCCGGCUCAGAUCUCCGCUUCCCAUAUCAGCCUGUGGCUGGCAGGCGUGUGGGAAAUGAGAAGACGCUGCCCUGCUCCGUGUGCUGGGGCGGACAAGGAGCUCUCACCUUCUCCCAACCCCCUGAAGCCUCCUGGCUGCUCUGAACAAUAGGAGUCAGUUUCUGCUACUCUGGCCCUCCCAGAGCUUUGAGUUUUCCCCCAUUUCCUGUGGCUAGCGAGACUGUGGCUGGGGCAGCAGAUGCUGAGUGGGGGACUCUUGUUGUUCCAGAUGCCGGUGACCUUCGAGGAGGUGGCUGUGUAUUUCACCCGGGGGCAGGGGGCUCUGCUGGACCCCGCUCAGAGAGCCCUCUACAGGGACGUCAUGCAGGAGAACUAUGAGACGGUGACCUCGCUGGGAUUUCCCAUUCCCAAACCUGAGCUGAUCGCCCGCCUGGAACGAGGGGAAGAGCCGUGGGUCCCAGAUCUCCAGGCCUGCGAGGAAAGAGAGAGCCUGAGAGGGGCCUGCACAGCAGGUGCUGAGCGAGUGAGUGAGAGCGUGGAGGGGAAUCACCAUCAGGAAGUUCUUGGGGAAGUGGAAUCCCAGGGGACCUUUGUGGGAAGAGCUGAAGGGAAUUUUUCCCAGUGCUGGGAACAGAGAGAAGCCUGGGAAAAUUGGCACAGGUCAGAGAUGCUUCAGGGAAACCACCCAAGGAAGAAAGUGGAUGAAUCUAUUAAAUGUGGGGGAGGGGACAAGGAUCCCACAACCCAGCAGACAAAUUCCAAAGAAGACAUACGCUAUGUAUGCCUCGGUUAUGGGGAAAGAUUCAUUCUGAGAUCACAUCAGACAAUCCAUACUGGAGAGAAACCACUUCAGUGCUUGGACUGUGGGGAAAGCUUCAAUAAUCGCUCAGCCCUGAAUAACCAUGGGAGAAGCCACAGAAGAGAGAAACCCUCUCAAUGCCUUGACUGCGGGAAAUGUUUCAUUUGGAAGUCAGAACUAAUUAGACAUCAGUUAAGCCACACAGGAGAGAGACCCCAUAAGUGCUUUGACUGUGGGAAAAGUUUCAAACAGAGGUCAGAUCUUUUUAAUCAUCAGGCAAUCCACACAGGAGAGAGACCCCAUAAGUGUGUGGAGUGUGGGAAAAGUUUCAGUCGGAGGUCAGUCCUUGUUAUUCAUCAGAGAACCCACACAGGGGAGAGACCACAUAAGUGCUUGAACUGUGGGAAAAGUUUCAUUCAGAGAUCAGACCUUCUUAAACAUCAGAGAAUCCACACAGGAGAGAGACCUCACAAGUGCUUGGACUGUGGGAAAAGUUUUAGUCGGCGGUCAGCUCUUUUUAAACAUCACGCAUUCCACACAGGAGAGAGACCCCAUAAGUGUUUAGUCUGUGGAAAAACUUUCAUAUGGAGGUCAGACCUUGUUAAACAUCAGAGAACCCACACAGGAGAGAGACCCCAUAAGUGUUUACACUGUGGGAAAAGUUUCACACGGAGGUCAGUCCUUGUUAAUCAUCAGAGAAUCCACACAGGGGAGAGACCCCAUAAGUGUUUAGACUGUGGGAAAAGUUUCACAUGGGGGUCAGACCUUCUUAAACAUCAGAGAAUCCACACAGGAGAGAGACCCCACAAGUGCUCAGACUGUGGAAAAGGUUUCAUAUGGAGGUCAAACCUUGUUAGACAUGAGUCAAUCCACACAGGAGAGAGACCCCACAAGUGCUUGGACUGUGAGGAAAUUUCACACAGAGAUCACACCGCAUUAAACAUGAGAGAAUCCACACAGGAUCUAAAAUUCUCUGUCACAGGGACAGAAGGUGUUAAGGAAAUUGCAUGUAAUUGACCUAGAUUCAGCCUUUAGAGACAUGUUUGAAAAGUGUGUCCUCGUUAGGUAAACUAGAGCUUCGAAAGGUAAACGUGUAUUGUUAAAGACAUGGAAGAAGAUGGUAACUGAAGUAGUCUUUGUUUAGCUAUAUCUUGUUAGUGGUUAACAAUGGAAAUAAACGGUUCCUGUCUAGGGCUGUAUUCAGAGAUCAAAAGGGAAUAUUAACAUUUAGAUAAAACUUGCUUGUAAUAAUGUCAUUGUUUGUCUCCUGAAAGUUUGUCGUAAACUGUCUAUGAACUGCUUUAUGGAGAAUCACCUUAUGAUAAUCCAUGUAAUUAAUUACCAGUGAUCUUUAGGAAAUAGAAGGUUACUUCAAAAGCCUAUUGUUCAGCCAAGGACUGUGUGCUGUCAUGACGCUGCAAAAAUGAUCCUUUCUUUUCUGAUCUGCCUAACCUUUAUACCGAGGGGAGUGUGAGUCAGAAGACGGAGAUCUCCAGUCCUAUCUGGACUGCCCUGACAUUGAAAUUGGACUAGAACUUGAUGAAAUGAUUCUGUAAAGGACGCUUUGCAAUUCUAAAGCAUCAGCUGUACAAUGAAACUGAGCUAAGGACUCUAUGCAUGUCUCUGUGUAUAAUGAUCUUUUCACCAGCACACUCUCUCUUUUCUUCUUUUAAUAAAUCUUAGUUGAGUUAAUAA